UUGUUUACUUGAUGCACAGCCACAAUGCCCAUUUGCAAAAAAAGGUUCCGCAAAAACGUCGCUCACAUCAAGACAUGUGACAUAGAUUGCUGUGACGCUAAUCUUAAGGCUGAAUGUAACAAAAGACCGGGGUGGCCUGGGACAAAGAUUUCGUCGUCGAUCCACACUAAUAAUAACACUGGAAAUGUCAAUAARGGACAAGGAGUAGGUGCUCGAUUGACAAGCUCAAUAUGGUGCCUUCUGCUGGUUGCUUUUUGUGUKGGUUACMGUAYRAUGGAGACAUGUAGGUGAGCCUGGUGGUUGAUCUGGAAGUACUCUAAYARAGAACUAUUUGAAAUGCUACCAGUUAGCUUUUACUACAACUUAAUCAAAAAAGACAUUAAAGACUUUGUAGGUUUCGUUGAGUCUGACAGGGUGACAURCCCAAAAUCCUCUCCUGGUAGCUAACUAAAAUUCACUGUUUACUAAACAGUAUGAAGAUACGUUUCAAUGAUUGCAACAUAGUUUUGGCGUAAUGGUAUAGUCUUUUAAAAAAUAUUUCCUUUGUAGCUCUAACUCGUACCUACUUGUUACUAUGUUGUCUCUAAGCUCGAAGGGGUUUGCGGGAAGURCAGAGUCACGCGCCCCUUAAAACAGCAAGAGAGAGGUCGGUUAUGAGUUUGUCUUUAUCUGUUAGACGUUUAUCGCUAAAUAAGCUUUUUUAKAAAUAAUGCUUACCAAAUCUCAUGGGAGAAACUAACGCAGUUUUCUUUUUCCAACUUUUUUAAUAGAAGUCGUUCGUGAUUCGUGCAUGACAAAGACGACGUUUAAAUUUAAAUAGUAUAGGUGGCGUACAAGAAACAUUCACAUCAGUGCUAUAAGCUUUGAUAAUAUAGGUCAUAAUAUCGACGACUGUAAAAUUUCACGGAAAGAAUAAAAUCUGUUGUGAUACGAUGGUCGCAGACCACAUGGAUAGAAUCAGACGAAUGCAUUAGAACUAUUAUUAUAAUAGUUGACGUAAAAKUCGUAGGUUUUUGAGAAGACAAUUAUUAAUAGAUCAUUUCAACACCAUUAACAAGGAUUGUAGCAGGUCAAGUUCUUUAAUCGUGUUAUAUUUGUAAAUAUUCAAUUUUGAGUAGGAGUUUAUAUUAAUUGUUCAAUGUAUCAGGCGUUGGUAUUUCAUAUCUCAAGGAUCCAUYACCUUACAGCCUCUUAAAUACAUAGUGACAUUCCUGUUCGCACUAUUACUAGUACAAGAGGUCAAUGGACUCGUUGAAAUCUUACUGACAACGCUUUUUCCACCUUUUAUUCAUUUCUAUUCUUUUUUUUUUCUAUUUAUACUUUGAAUGUUAGAGUUUGUUUUUGCUUUAGUUGAAUAUCUUUGAUGACAGAUGUUACAUCACUUGACGAUAACAAUAGCAGCCGUGGUCACUAUAGUAGAUAAGCGUGCCAUACUUGGGUCGUGUUAGGGCAAACAACAUUGAAUACACUACUGUUAAACGUUGAACUUCCUACAAUGAGAUGUUAACAAGCAUAUGUGUUGAGAUGUGAUCAGACGUUGAUAUUGGCUAUCAUAACAGACAUCAUUCUUAAGUUUCGCUGUGAAUUUCUACUCUACGCUUGAACGGUGAAAGUUAAAUUCGCAGUAAUACGAGUAAACUAGGGAUCAUGGAUUUCGUGAGGUUUUUCUUGGUCUUAUGCAUCAGCUUMAUGGGAAUCAACCAAGUUCUGACAUUGCGCUGUUUAAAAUGCUUCUCGUACGAUUCAAUGGCUGACUGUAUGACAAGUGUAAGUGUUGUGAAGUGUAGUAGUGAUUACAAUCGAUGUAGYAACACUACMGUUMAGAUCCACAUCGAUAUCAUGAAAGAGACCAUCACAGGAUACCAGCUUGGAUGUGCUAAAGAAACAGAAUGUCAACAGAAAACAUGUCCCCGUCAUUUUGCACUUGAAAUGGGAAAAUACACGUUAAAGAAGUGUGAUAUCAUGUGUUGUUCAAGAGAUCUCUGCCCAUUGCUGCCAAAUGCAACGUUACGCCCUCCUGAAAAGACCGGACCAGUCAAAGGUGCCCGUGGGGGAGUAGGGACAGUGACGUUUGUACAUGUAUAUUUGUGGGUGGURAUCAUUGGAGUGUUUUCUUUGCUAUUUUAAAGGAUCAACUAGAGUAAACACGUUUUUAUAUUUAAAUAAACGCAAAUAGUUGCUA